AUGUUUGCAGGUAAUGAAACCAUUGCAGGAUUUGAUGAUGAAUUGGCCGCAGCAAUCGCUGCGGAAAAUGUGCGCCAGGAAGAGCACAUUGAAUUAAUAGCCUCGGAAAACUACGCCAGUCCCAGGGUGCUGGAGGCCCAGGGCAGCGUGCUCACCAACAAAUACGCGGAAGGUUAUCCGCACAAACGCUACUACGGUGGCUGUGAGUAUGUUGAUCAGGUGGAAGUGCUGGCCAUCGAUCGUGCAAAAGCAUUGUUUGGCGCGGAUUAUGCCAACGUGCAGCCACAUUCCGGUUCCUCGGCUAACUCGGCGGUGUAUCUUGCGUUGAUGGAAGCGGGUGAUACGGUGCUGGGUAUGAGCCUGGCUGACGGCGGCCAUCUGACGCACGGCGCUUCAGUGAAUUUUUCCGGACGGCUCUACAAUGCGGUGCAGUAUGGAAUUGAUGCCAGCUCGGGUGAAAUGGACUAUGACGCCAUUGCGCGCCUGGCAAAAGAACACAAGCCGAAAAUGCUGAUGGCCGGUUUCUCAGCCUACUCAAGAAUUGUCGACUGGCAGAAGUUUCGCGACAUUGCAGAUGAAGUGGGUGCCUAUCUGGUUGUCGACAUGGCCCAUGUUGCCGGUUUGGUUGCCGCUGGUCUGUAUCCUAAUCCGGUACAGAUAGCAGACGUCACCACCUCAACUACUCACAAAACCUUAGGUGGCCCCAGAGGUGGCAUUAUUCUGGCGAAGUCUAAUCCUGAGAUUGAGAAGAAACUUAACUCUGCACUGUUCCCUGGCAGCCAGGGCGGCCCACUGAUGCAUGUUAUUGCGGGUAAAGCGGUGUGUUUCAAAGAAGCCAUGGGUGAUGAUUUUGUCGCUUAUCAGCGGCAGACGCUGGCCAACGCCAGCACCAUGGCCAGCCAGUUCAUUGAGCGGGGAUAUCGUGUUGUCUCCGGUGGAACCGAUAAUCAUCUGUUCCUCCUCGACCUGGUAGACAAAGACAUCACCGGCAAAGACGCUGACGCCGCGCUGGGUCGUGCCAAUAUCACUGUGAAUAAAAACGCCGUACCUAACGAUCCACGCUCACCCUUUGUUACCAGCGGCCUGCGUAUCGGAUCGCCGGCGGUUACCCGCCGCGGCUUUAAAGAAGCGGAGUGUGCAACCCUCACAGGUUGGAUGUGUGACAUUCUGGAAGAUAUUGACAACGACAAUAUGGUGAUUGACUCCCGCCUGGUGGCUGAUGGUGAUGCGGUGCGUCGUCGUCGCGAAUGUCAGGCUUGUGGCGAGCGUUACACAACGUUUGAAACCGCCGAACUGGUGAUGCCGAGGUUGAUCAAACGUGACGGCAGCCGGGUGCCUUUUGAUGAUGCCAAGCUUAAGACCAGCUUAACUAAGGCGUUAGAAAAACGUCCGGUCAGCGUUGAUCAGAUUGAAACCGCCCUCACACAUAUAAAGACCCGCCUGCGCUCUACCGGCGAACGGGAGAUUCCUUCUCUGCAGGUGGGUGAAGAAGUGAUGCGGGAAUUGCGUGCUCUGGAUCCCGUGGCCUAUGUUCGAUUUGCUUCGGUCUACCGGGAUUUUCAGGAUGUCAGCGAGUUCACAGAAGAAAUUCGCAAGCUGGUGAAAGAGACGUGCCGCCUGACCUGCGCACCCAAUCCGCCUGUAGGGUGCAUCAUCGUUCGCAAUCAACAGAUUCUCGGCCGCGGUUAUCAUGUCCGCACCGGUGAGGGCCAUGCUGAGGUGAAUGCCAUAGCGGAUGCCGGUGGCGAUAUUCUUGGCGCUACGGUUUACGUGAGCCUGGAGCCCUGCGCCUUUGUGGGUCGCACCCCGGCGUGCGCGCAAACACUGAUUGAUGCGCAGGUGGCACGGGUCGUGAUUGCCGCCACCGACCCGCAUCCGCAGGUUGCAGGUGCGGGCAUCAGAAUGCUGCGAGCGGCUGGUAUCGAAGUCAAUCUACUGACCCAGGCAGCAGCCCUUGAUCUGAUUCAGGGUUAUGUGUCCAGAGAACUGUCAGGCAAACCGUUGGUCAGGUUGAAAACCGCCAGCAGCCUGGAUGGUGCUACCGCCCUGGCCAGCGGCGAAAGCCAGUGGAUUACCGGCGAAGCAGCCCGCCAGGAUGUGCAGUAUUGGCGGGCGCGCAGUGAUGCCAUUAUUACCGGCGUGCAAACUGUGAUUGAAGAUAAUCCGCAGCUGAAUGUUCGCGCACCACAAUAUCAGCAUGCCCGAGCACCCUUGCGGGUUGUGCUGGACUCUCGCCUGUCAACGCCGCCCCAGGCAACCGUGAUCACGGAUGGUGGCGCCACCCUGCUGGUGCAUAACGCCGGUGUAGAUGUGCCCGAACACCUGCAUAAUGCGCAUUCGGUAAGCUUAUUGGCGUUACCUGCAGGUCCGCAGGAUCUGAGCGCUGUGCUGCAGCACCUUGCCAGCCUGGGCUGUAACGAAGUGUUGGUGGAAGCCGGUGCCAAAGUCUGCGGUAGCUUUGUUGCGGCGCAGUUGCUGAUCGUGGCGAAUAACAAAACCAACAUCUGGGCGCGGCGUAAAGCUCGGCGGGCACUGGUGCAGGCGACUUAUCAGUGGCAGCUGUCUGCCGGAAAUCUAUCUGACAUCAAGGCCGAAUUUUACGAUUCAGAUGCACUGAAGAAGGCCGAUGUUGAAUUUUUCAAUGAGCUGUUAACACAUGUGGUCUACCACCCGUCAGAACUGGAUGCGACUUACGCAGAGCUCCUGGAUCGCGCGGUAGACAAACUUGAUCAUGUGGAACGGGCGAUUCUGCGUCUUGCCGCGGCUGAGUUUAAACAUCGUAUAGAUGUGCCUUACCUGGUGGUUAUUGAUGAGUACGUGGAGCUGGCGAAAACCUUUGGCGCCACAGACUCACACAAAUACAUCAAUGGUGUGCUGGAUAAACUUGUGGUUCGCCAUCUCGCGGAUCGUGCACAAGGCCCCUGGGUCACCCUGGGUCCUGGUGAUGAUGCUGCGGUAAUGCAGCAAUCACCUGCCCACGAUGCGGUGGCUUCCAUCGAUACCCUGGUCGCCGAUGUACAUUUCCCCGCCAGUGCGCCUGCGUUUUAUAUCGGUUAUCGUGCCCUCAUGGUCAGCUUGUCAGAUCUGGCCGCAAUGGCUGCGCAGCCACGUUAUGUGCUGGUGGCGCUGACGCUGCCUGCGGCAGACGUCUCCUGGGUAGGUGAUCUGGCAAAAGGCAUGGCGGCGGCAGCUCGGGUGUGUGACACCUACAUCUGUGGUGGUAAUUUCGCCCGUGGUCCACUCAGCAUAACAGUUAGUGUGCAUGGUGAGGUACCAACAGGCAAAGCCGUCACCAGAGCAGGCGCACGGGUCGGUGAUCAGCUUUAUGUGAGCGGCCCGUUGGGCCUUGCGGCGGCUUGUGUGCGUAACCGGAAUUACCAGGUGCAGGACAAAUUGAAUGCCCUGCAGCGUGCCUACUUCAUGCCCGCGGCGCGCUUUGAUCUGUUGGCGGUAUUGCGAUCGAACGCCCACGCUGCCAUUGAUAUUUCUGACGGUCUGCUGGCGGAUGCGCGGCAUCUGGCUGAGGCAUCCGGCGUCGGUGUGAACAUCAAUUCAGCGGAUCUGAAACUUACUGAAGGUGUGUCGCUGGAAGAUGUCCUGAAUGGAGGAGAUGAUUAUCAACUACUCGCCACUGCAGGUGUGCCUUUGCCCGGCAUGAUGAACAUAGGCCAGAUCAACUCGGGUACCGGUGUGAGUCUGGUGUUGUGGGCCAGCGGUCUGGGGCUGGGGUUUUUGCGGCCCGCGCCCGGCACCUGGGGGUCAGCCGGCGCCGUUGUCGUCUGGUGGUUAUUCCUGGCUGAAUUUGAUCCGCUGAUCCAGUUGUCGAUCUGCGCGGCCUAUUUUAUCAGCGGCUGGGUUUGCAGCACGCUUGUGACGCGGACCUUCGGCAUUGAUGACGCUUCUGAAAUUGUGGCUGACGAGGUGGCUGGUAUGUGGCUUGCGCUGGCGUUUUUACCGCCAACAUGGUGGCUCGUGUUGCUUGCCUUCGGGCUGUUUCGCCUGCUCGAUAUCCUCAAACCCGGUCCUAUUGGCUGGCUUGACCGUGAGGUAAAAGGCGGCUUGGGCGUUAUGCUGGAUGAUCUGCUGGCAGGUGCGGUGGUGGCAAUUGUGUUGUACGUAUCAGCCGCUGCACCGGUAGAAGUGGUGGCGCUGUUUAAAGAUCGUGCGGUGGUACGAAUGGCGGGUGAACAGCAGAUGUUAAAAGUGGGUGAGACGUCGCCUGCUGGUGUGAAAUUGCUGCAGGCAGACACAGCUGGCGCUCGCGUAAGCUAUCGGGGGCAGGAAUAUCAGCUCAGUCUCACCGCUCGGGUCGCGGGGAGUUUUGCCAAGCCGACCUCGGAAUCUGUGCGCAUCAGCCGGGAUUCUGUUGGGCAGUACCGAAUGCGGGGUGCGCUCAAUGAUCAUAUGGUUGAUUUUCUUAUCGAUACGGGUGCUUCAGUGGUGGCGUUAAGUGAGCGGCAGGCACAACAGAUGGGGCUUAACUAUCAGUCCGGUCAGCGCGGCACAGUGCAGACCGCACAAGGUAACGCCAAUGCCUAUUUUCUGCUGUUAGAUCGAGUCACGCUGGGUGGCAUCACGCGAAACAAAGUGAGGGCCACGGUGAUUGAGGGUAUGUACCCGACGGAUGUGUUGUUGGGGAUGUCGUUUCUGAACUCCCUCAAUCUGAACGAUAACAAUGGAGUGUUAACCCUGACGGCCAGGUUCUAG